AGUUCUCAUUUUUGGUUGCAGUUCCACGGGAGUGCGCAGGGAGGCGCUGUUGCCCUGGCCGUCUCGAUAUUAGUCAGAAUACAUUUAGCUGCAGACUGUACUAUAUAUAGAAAACAUUGUUUUUAUUAGCGAUAAAUCACGUAUUAUAAUUAUUUAGGGUUUCGAGCGGGCGUCGGGAGGGGAACGGCGGGUGUAGGGGACGGGACGGGGCGGGGGGUGAUCAAAAAAAAAUAAUAAUUAAAAAAAAAAGCGAGAACCGCGUCCCGCUAAAUAACUGUGCUGCUAUAAAACAUAAAUAAAUACAGAGGAUUUAAACUUCACCGCAGACGGGGAAACUUUUAAAAGAUUGCGUCAGAGGCGAUCUUUCAGUUUUGCGGCGUUAUUCGGAUGUUUGACGCGAUUAAAGUGAUUUUCAUUAUCUUUUCAAACACGGUUUUACUGUUCGCUAUUCGUCGUGCUGACGGGUUUUUAGAAUGGAAACCAAUUAGUUGUUUUAAUUUUUAUUUUUACUUGCUGUUCGGACUCGUUUGAAAAACUAUUUUUGGUUUUCUCUCUCUCUCUCUCUCUCCUCGGCCCUCGCUGUGUGCGGCUACGUUUACAGCCCCCCCCCCCGGGUCCUGGCUUGCUGAACUAAAAAUGCGCAAGUGUGGCUGAAUCUGUCGCUGUUUCCCGGCGGUUUCCGAGCGCUUUGAACCGAGGGGAAGAGGGUGAGGCCUGCGGGUCGGGCUUUCACCGGGCUAGAGUAGCUGCGCUCGCUGGAUUCGGGUGCAGGGGGGCCGGCUGCAGUGGCAGUCUCGAGUCCGCGGGCCCAGCGAGACGAUAUGGAGCGGAUGGAGGUGGAUCAGUGCGCAGGCGCAGGAAGCGGAGGAGGGGCUCUGCGGCGGUCCAACAGCGCCCCCAUGAUCACCGGUGUCAGUGACGGCGCGGCCGUGUUCCACGCGGGGGGGUCCGCGCGCUAUCGGAGGAGCAGCGUGUCCGUCAAUCUCAGCUGCCCGGGUCAGGCCCUCCCCCUGUCUCCAUUCCGACUGGCCAGCGGUCGGUUGGAGCCUCACAAGCAGGAGGAGAGCAUGGAGAUGAACUCCAGAGACACGCUGCCGAGGAACAGCUCCCAGCACUCCCAGCACACAGCCAGGCACUGGGAUGAAGGAUUCUCACUGCCAAUCCAUGCUGUUGACAGCGGGGUCACACCAAAUUCCUCCCCCAGUCCGACAAGGAGGUUUGCAAGGGGGAGUGUGAGCCCCAGUGUGCGCUCCCCACCCCUGGGGUCCCUCAAGAGGAAAGGUGGCGUGGAUCUCGAUGCCCCGCCUAAGAAGCUGUUUGUGGCGGGGGUGCCGGGACGGGGGCGCCAGGACUCUGCUCUCCUCACUGCGGGCUGCUCUCUCAGUGUGUUCCCUGCUGGGUGUGUCGGAGCUGGGGUCCCAGUCUGCACUCCCCCCCAGGACCCCCCUCCUCUGUCCCUCGCGGUCUCCCUGCCGGCCCCCCGCUCGCCACUCUGCUUCCCUCAAGCCUUCACCACACAGCCCCCCGGCAUCUAACCAGUCACAGGGCUGGAGAGGAUGGGGCACUGGGGGCUGGGCCAAUCAGAGGACAAGAGACCAGGAGCGGGGCCAAUCAGAGACCGGAGACCAGGAGCGGGGCCAAUCAGAAACCUGGGAACUGAGACAAUCGGAGGAGAGGAAAGGAGAGGACAACAUGCUGGACCAAUCAGAGAAAAGGAGACCAGUGGGUCGGGCCAAUCAGAAAGGAGUGUUUUGUGUUUCCUGUCAUCAGUUUUUCCUUCCUGGUGACCCAGUUGAAGUAAGGAAAUGAAGGAGCAGGCGGCUGGCAGGAGUGCUUUGUGUUCUCUCAGAGCGGAGCGCUUCACAGAGGGGGGUCUGGAGCAUCAUUUUAAAAUGUGCUUUUAUUUUUGUUAUAAAAAUAUUUUGAGUAAAUCACACCCUGUGUAUCUUCAGCCUACAGAAUCAUCCAACCCAAACACACACACCGACACGCUGACUCGAGCACUGGGGUUCAGAGCUCCCCUCAAUGAAGUCUGUUACUAUUAUUAAUAUUGAAAUGAUCAGGAGCCAGGAGUUUGAGCAGGGUUACAAACUCACACUAGCCCUGCUGCUGCUGCUGCUGCUGCUGCACCCAGUCCUGGGGUUCAGAGCUCCCCUCAAUGAAGUCUAGUAUUAUUAUUAUUAUUAUUAUUAUUAUUAUUAUUAUUAUUAUUAUUAUUAUUAUUAUUGCAAUGAUCAGGAGCCAGGAGUUUGAGCAGGGUUAGAUACACACACCCUGCUGCAAAACUACAAAGUGACACGCACACACACACGCACACGCACGCGCACACACACACACGCACACGCACACGCACACACAGGAGGAUGAAGGGUUGGAGGAGUAUUUGAAACUUUGUAAAUAGAAAAAUAAUAAAUAAAUAAAUAAAGAAAGUAUUUUUUAUGAACUUGUAAAAGGCACACGCUGUGUAUUUCUGAAUCCUGCCAUCUUUCACUGAUCCCCCAGUCAUUCCGAGCGCGUCCUGUUUGUCAAACUAAAGCUCUGUCACGCAUUCUAGUGAAAAACAAAAUGUGCAACGACCUCUGAAGGUCACAUACAUAUAGAAAGAAAUACAUCUAUAGGAAUAAAAUGUGAGUACUGAA